AUGAUCGCCAAGUUGAAGGAGAAGGGUGUUUUCAACGCGGCUAACGAGCCAGAACAAGAGAUUGCCUAUUCUAUUAUCGUGCAGAGUGUUGACGAUAGUUGUGCUGUAGCUUUGGCCCGGAUCACUACUGCAAUGAAUCGACAGACUGAGGCUAAUCUGGAUGUCCUUACCAAGAAAUUGGACCGAAUGUGCAUAACUGAUGGCAAAAAUAUAUCCGGCCUUUCCGACCGUUUGGAGAUUCUUUUUGGUCAGAUAGCAGACCAAG